AUGAAUGAUAUUAAGAACAAUAAUAGAGCAAUUCAGCUCAGUAAAAUACUUAAAGAUGAACAGGAGUGGAUCAGAACCAGGAAGCAGUCCCAGUCAACUUUAAUAAUAGUUUCUUUGGAGCUUCCGGUAAAAGUGGUUCGUUUGGAAAAGAUGGAAUUAAUCAACGAAAGUGAUAAUGUGAAUAAUUAUAAUGCAAGUAACUGUUUUGGAUCUGGGAAUAGUGAGAAAAAAAAGGUUAGAUUUGGAUUAAAAUCAUCUCAGCAUUCUUUAAUGAGGACUUUGCAUAGGCAUAGAAAUGAAUUGGCAAAGACUGUAAAGUUUAUAGGUUGGCCAGGCAUUCAUAUAGAAAAGGAGGAUGAAAAGGAGGAGAUUAGAGAAUUACUUGAAAGUAUUGACUGUGUUCCAGUAUUCCCUCCAGAAGUUGAAUUUGAAUCUUUUAAUGAAUUUUGUCAACUAUUCUUAUGGCCUCUUUUUCAUAAUGUAUUGAAUCCUGAAGAGUUAAGUAAUGCUCCUUUUGAUCAUGAACAAUGGAGAAGAUACCAUCAAAUGAAUAUGUUGUGGUCUUCCGUAAUUACUCCAAUAGUUUCUCCUGAACAUAUGGAUAUGGUUUGGAUCAAUGAUUAUCAUUUACUUUUAUUAUGUCAAUAUUUAACUAGAAGAGUUAAAGGAGUUAAUAUUGGAUUAUUUCUUCAUAUUCCAUUCCCAUCUUUUGAAAUUUUCAGAUGUCUUCCAGUUAGAGAAGAGCUAUUAAGGAGCAUGUUAAUGGCAGAUUUAAUAGGUUUUCACUUCUUUCCUUAUGCUAAACAGUUUUUAUCAUCAUGCAAGCGUCUUCUUGGGUUAGAUCACUAUUUUAAACCAGGAGGACUGAUUGGAAUAGAUAAAACUGCAGCUUCUAGUAGAUCAUCUGUUAAAUCCAGUAACAGUUUAAAUCUAGAAUUCAAUAAACAGGAAACCAUUGUUAGAAUAGGUCAUGUUCACAUACAAUGUGAUGAUAUUCUUCAGAAUAUCGCUUCAAAUCAAGAGAUCUCAAAAGGAUCUCUUGAGAUCAGGAAUAAGUACAAGGACCAUUAUAUUUUUGUAUCCAUAGAUAGACUUGACCAACUAAGUGGAUUACAGCUUAAACUCAAAGCUUUUGAUAAUUUUCUCCAAAACUAUCCAUAUAUUAAGGAAGAACAACCAGUUGUUCUUAUUCAAUACAUCUUCCCAACAAAUACUCUUACACUUGAAAAGAGAGAAAGACUAAUCCAAUCUUUGAUCACUCUUUCAAAAGAAAUCAACCUAAAGCAUUCUGGUUCAGAAUGUUUUAGAAAUCCAGUAAUUGAACUCAAGUAUGGCUCGAUAACUCAAGAAGAGAAGUUUUCCCUAUUCCUUUCUGGAGAUUGUCUUUUUGAUACCAGUGUUAGAGACGGACUAAAUCUUAAUCCAUUUGAAUAUAUUAUAUGCAAAGAUGAUUCAUUAUCUUUCUUUAAUGUCAGCAACACAAACUUUGGUCAGAAAAACAAUGUAAAUGGUAUUUCCUCUUCCAGUAAUUCUUCUAGUAAUUCUUCUGGUGGUUCCUCUAAUAGCUCAUCAUAUUCAUCUUCAGAAUAUGGUGAAUCUAGUGGAAAUGAUGAAAGUGUUACAAGAAGAACAAGGAUUUCUGUAGGAGCAGGAGGGAAUAAUACUGUAAUAUCUGGUCCAUUUUGUAGAUUUAAACAUCAAAAUAACUUACCCUCUCUGAUCAUUUCAGAGUUUACAGGAUGUUCAAACACUCUUUCUAGUCCAUAUAGAGUGAAUCCCUGGAAUAUGAUGAAUGUAGUGGAGACUUUGGAUAAGGCAGUUUAUUGCCAGAAAAGUAUCUUUCAAGAAAAGAGACGCCACUGGAAUAUGGAUAGAGCAUACCUUUUAUCUCAUAGUACGGUAAACUGGGCAAAAGAAUUCAUUAUGGACUUAUGUAUUUUUUCUGAAAGGAAGAAGAAUGACAUGCUUCACUAUUAUAAUACAACUUUUGGGAUUGGUCCAUCUCUCAUGGAUAUUCGUAUUAAUCUUAACUCCCAACAUCUUAGCCUUAAUUUGCUUUCCCAAGUGUACAGAAAAGUUGAUAGAGUAGGAGGACUGAGGCUUUUCCUUCUUGAUAAUGAAGGAACACUCACUCCUGAUUUUAGGCACUUCUUUGAUAAGAUUAAUUCCUCUUCAAACUUUUGUAUUCAUUCAGGUUUAGGAGGUGUUACUGAGGACGGAGUUAGAGUCUCGAAGGGGGCUAGGGGUGGAAACAGCUUGCUUUCACUCUUAGGAGGAGCCCAUCACGGGAAGAAAAAGGGAAGAUGGAAGCCAAAUAAAGAUGACCAACUAAACCUUAACGUAAAUCAAAACCUUUCCGAAUAUUUUCGUGGAAGUAGCAAUAUUAGCAUUAGUAAAGAAACUGGAAAUUCUCUUGAAGAAUCAGCUGAAUGUAUACCAGAAACUAGCAAACCAAAGUUAGAUCCCGAGAUCUUUAUAAAACAUCCAUAUUCCUUAAGGCCAGAUUCUAAAGCCUCUCCCAAUAUUCCUCUAUCUUCUUGCUCCAAUGAAGAUACUGCUUUCAAUGCGAACAGCAACUGUACUAGUAUUGAAGUCUUGAACUUGGAAAACUCUAUUACCAAUACCAGUAUUGCUAGUAUACUGAAUAUUAUGUCUACUAACACUCAUGAAGUUGACGGAGAAAAGGAUAAAAUUUGUACUGAAGAUUUGAGUACCAAUAUUACAAGUAGAAACCAAUCUAUAAAUGGAGGAAAAUGUUUAAUAGAAUGCCACAAUGCAGAUAACGAACAUUUUGAAAGGGAUGAUGUAGAGGAGGAAGAUGAACACAAACCUGAAGACUUUUACUUAUACAAUGAGAUCUCUUGUGCUCCUCCAAUACAAGUGAUUGAAGCUCUUAAAAAGUUGUGCAGCUCUCCAAACAAUGUAAUCAUUAUCUUUUCUGGAAGAGAAAAGCAUCUUCUUGAUGAAUGGUUUGGGGAUAUAGACAAUAUUGGGCUUUGUGCUGAGCAUGGCUACUAUCUAAAACUCCCCAGAUCUAUAGAUCCUAUCCACCCAAACAUCUGGAGACAACUUAAUAUUGAAUCAAUAUCCAAAGAAAGCAAUUCAUCCCCAGUAUCUUUCUCUUCUUCCUCAUUAUUAUGCUCGGUAAGCAAAAGUAAUGGCUCUGAAUGUAGCUGGUACAGUCCAUUAAAGUCAAAUAGUCAAUUAGAUGUGGAUGAAUACAAUAAAGGAGACAAUGAGAGCAAUUCUGUGAUUUUGUCAUCAAAAAAACAGCAGCUUUAUAAUGUCUCAGAUUGGAAGAAUAUAACUCUUCAGCUUAUGGAGCAAUAUGUACUCAGAACUCAAGGAUCUUACAUAGAAAACAAAGGAACGGCUCUAGUAUUCCAGUUAAAGUAUUGUGAGCCAUAUUUUGGAGCUUGGCAAGCUAAGGAAUUAUCCAAUUAUCUUUCUGAACUUUUAAUUAAUUUUCCUGUUAAUGUAAUUUCUGGGAACGACUAUGUAGAAGUUCGCCUUCAAGGGAUCAAUAAGGGAGUGGCUGUUCAGGCAAUUCUCAAUCAAAUUAACUCACUUACAAGUAAUUUUGAGUAUAUGAGUGAAGAUAGUGAAAUUAAAAAGCUUAAAAAUCCUUCUCUUGAAAUGAUUCUUUGUAUUGGAGAUGACAGAUCUGAUGAGGAUAUGUUUUCUGUUGUUAAUCACUUUUCAAAAACCAAUAAAUCAAAUCAUAAUUUAGAACAGACAUUAGACAACCAAUUAGAAUUGGAAGAAAAUACCUCCUCCAAACCUUUAAAAUGUGAAGUCUUCAAUGUAAUAAUUGGAAAGCAUACAUCUAUUGCCAAUUACUUCCUUCAUUCUACUGAAGAGGUAUCGGAUAUUCUUCAAACACUUACUUUAUUUACUUAG